AUGGACGAUCCCUUUAAAAUCCCGCUCGGUCAUGGUAGUCAUGUUGGCUGGGGGCGCGCGGGCACAACGCGCACGCACGUGGUCACAUGGGUGCAACACGGCGCAGAAGCUACGCGGCGACCGAGCCGGCUACCGCCGCAACCGGUUCGGAGGCUCCCCAGCUGGCACGGCGUCCUCGCCAGCGAGGGUCUCGACGUCCGCUCGGUGGAACCAAUGCGUUGGAAAAACGCUCUCGGGCUAACCGCUCGCGACAAGGAUGGAAGUCGCGACAUGGCCGUCGAGCUCUGCCGCGAGCUCUGGCCCCAAUGCCCCGAUCUUCAAGACGCCUCCAAGCUUAAAAAGCAUCACAGGCGGGCGGCGGCUUUCCUCAUCGCGGCGUACGGCCAUGCGAGCUCGGGAGAACCGCAGGGCAGGUUGCGCGAACGCGACCCCCUCUCGGUCAUCCUCGCCCGUCUCGCUCGGCGAAAGAAUGGUGAGGAGGAGGAGCCGGCGCCGGCGACGCCGUUGGCGACGAUUGCCCUCCCCCCCCCCGAGGCGGCGCCGGUCACGCCGGUGGACCGGGCCUCUGGGCACGCCACGCCGGAUGACCCCAUCACCAUCGACAUCGACCUCGCUCAGUGA